ACAGCGUGCCUGUCAAAAAAGAUACCGAAGUAUUCGUCUAUGUACGUGCCAUUCCCUGACCGGUGAUUCUUGUUCGAUUUUUGUGGGGCAGGUUUACGUCUUUAAAGCUUUUUAUCAUGUUGUCUGUACGCACAGCUUUUAGCAGUCAAGCCUGCAGGUAAGUUGAUUUCGUUUCAUGCGCACGAUUUGUAUAGAAAGCGAUGCGAACAUGCGGCAAAAACAAAACACUCCUAAAAUGUCCUUAUGCAAUACGUAUUAUAAUUUUUUUUAUACACGUUGGAGGGUGCAGCGUUUCGGUGUAGCUUGUUCAGUUUUCUUUCAUACAUGUUUUUCAUUUUCUUUCUUGAACAUUUCUUAUCGACCCCUAAAAAGUGAGCCGACUCAGUGUUAUUUUUCUUCAAGUUAAUUUGUUGUCGAUUUAAAAACAACAGCGCGCCAAGGGAAUGAAUGAAUGAAUGAAUGAAUGAAUGAUUUAUUUAAUGUCGGAGACGCCAGAGGCUCGUGUUAAAAACGCUCGACAAACUAAAAAAUACAAAACAGGAUAAAAAGUGAAUUAUGUAUAUACAAAUAUUAAGAAAAACCUAAAAACAUCGUAAUUUUGGGAAAAUGUUUUAAGAAACUAUUUUCUGAAAAAAAAAACACUAAAAAAACCUAAGAACAUGCAUUAAAAAUAGUUUAAAACGGACUAAUCGUUAUAAACUGAUUAAAAUACUAAAAAAUAUAAUUAUAUCAGUAUAAUUAUAUAUGUAUAUAAACUAGCCCAAGAGUAUGUAAAAAUGUAAAAAAAGAUAAAGUUAUAUACAGUUCAUACACUGGCACCCUGUGAAAUUGACAUUAUUAAGGAGAGCACGAAAUUGCGCUAAAGUGCUUGACAAUUUGGUAACAGUUGGUAAUUGAUUCCAUAUGUGGGCAAUCAUGUAUAAAUAAGAGUUGUGCAUGACCAGGCUGUUAUAUAGAGGCUGCACAACUUUUAGUCCACAUGAGAGUCGACUUAUGUUUAAACAUACAUGCACAUGUCAACCUCCCUCGGCUGUUGUUUUUAAAUUUGCGUGGGUCCGUCUGAAAGUCAUGACUAAAAAACAUGUCUGAAUUUGGAGUUUAAAAUUUAAGCUUUGCUCACUUGAAUGACUGCAAGUUUUGUAAACUUUAUUUUAAUAGACUAGUUUGAUCAGUUUUAUUGAAUUCAAACUACUUGAAGUAAACCGUGUGAGACUUUUUCUCUUUCGUUUAACCGUGUGAGACUUUUUCUCUUUCGUUUAAUUAUUAAAACUUGUCAUUAGUUUGGGUGGAGUCAGAAGUAGAUGAUCCUUAAUUUUUAAUGAUGCAGGUAAUUUUUAAUCAUUUAUUAUAUUAAAAGCUCUUUAAAUGACACCCUAUAAAGAGCUGUUAUUGUGUCCUAGAUGUUCUGUGUAUUUGACAUACAAAACAUAAUAACACAGGAUGUGAUUAGUUAAGCACAUUAGUGUAUCUGUUGUGGUUCAAUUUUAUCCUUGGUUUAAAUUUUAUUUUCCUUUGUUUUGGGGUAUAGUAAUGUAUGAUAAUGAGUUUAAACAUGGUCAUGUGAUAAUUUUAUUGCCCGUGCCAUGUUGUCCAUGGCUUUACAUGCAGUUACAUGCACGCAUGACUGUAGCAGGACAUUUCUGAUGUUAAUUUUUAACUCAUUCAAAAAUAAUAGCUGUUGCAAAAAAUAAUAACUUGGUUUAUGUAUUACUUAUGAAUUGAGAUUGGUAUAGCAGUAGGGGAAAAAAGGCUUUUGAAACCAACUCAUGCUACUGUAAUAUGUACAUGUAGCAUGGCAAGCAUAUGAGUUGUUAAUAAGAGUAGCCUGAUGGUUUUUUUCCAAUCAACCCUUAAUUAAUAAGGUGGCUCAAUAGGGUUUUUUGGGGGCAAUAACCCCCAAGUUUGAUCAAAAACAAUGGCACCAUUAACAAGGAUUUAGAAAAACUAACACAACACCUGUAUUAGAUAAAGGUGAAAAUUUGUGAUGAUCAGGGUUACAAUGAAAUAAGAGUUGUCAUAGCAACAAAAUGACACCAAUGCCUAAUUUACUUGCAGCCUUAUUUCUCGGCACUGGGAACUGUUCCCCCAAAAUUGUUCACGAAACUUUUUCCUUUGAUAGCCGCCUCAAUGUUCGUGAAGUUUAAGCGAAAUCUGUAAGAGCAUUAUCAAGAUAUUUUGGGAUGAAGUUUUUAUGGUUAGAAAUACAGUGAAAACUGAACAACUUUAUUUUCAGCAGGUGCUUUUGAAAUGCAAUUUCACCUCAUAGGAGUUUCAAUCUGUUUAAAAGUGUGCGUGAAAGAUCAUGGAUCAUUCUCAAUUUCCUUUGUCUCUUAGUCCUUAUUACUCAUGAAUUAGGGCUAGGAGACAAUGGAAAUUGAAAAUCAACCUACAAUCAGGGACAAAAGUAGUUGACACACUUGUUUAAAGUGGGUGCUUUUAUCAAACAUUUAAUUCAUUUAUUAUUUCAUUCCUUUCAAACAUCGUAAAUCCCCUCACCCCGCAAAUCAAUGUUGUCUGAAGUAAAAGAAAGAUCUGAGGGUCCAAAAUACAACAUUGAUUUUGGGGGGAAGGGGUUGGGGUAGACAGGGGAAGGGGAUACAUGUAGGUAUGUCCACUAUACAAAAGGGGCCGUUUUACGGAAGUGUGUCAACACUUUUAUCCCCAUUGUCUGAAUGCAAAAUUGUGCUACUGCACACAAGUUGAGCACUGUAUGACAAUGAUUUUAACUGAAAUUAAAGGAAUCAAUGACAUAAUUAUGUUAUUGGUGGUGGGGGUGACAUUGACUCAUUCACGACCAAAUUAAAUUGUAGGUUAAAAAAUUUUAACCUGAAAUUAAUUUUGACUUGUAACACAUACAAGCUGGGAAUGGGGACAACAUUGAAUUUAACCAUUAUUGUGUUUUAAUGUAAGUUGAUUUAUUCUGUUUGUUUAAGAAUUCUUGGAGUAAGAAGCUUAUCUCUGCCUCCAAAUGAACCACCUACAAAUCUUGAGAGGAACAGUGCUGAUCUUCAAAAGUUAAAAGCAGAAAUCAAAAGAGUGCAAAAUGAAACGGUGGAGAUUCCUUGCAUUGUUGGUGGAAAGGAAGUACUCACAGGGAACACACAUUACCAAGUAGCAGUAAGUAGACUGUGAUUGUUGGUGCCUUAGCUACAAUCGUGGACAGAAAUGUUAAGAAAAAUGCACCUUGUAUGUCUCAUUUUCUCAUCCUUCCCUCUAAAGCCCAGUUCACUCAAGAUACUUACCCCGCCCUCCCAAAAAGUAAUUUUGAAGUGUGGCCGGAACAUUUUUGCUCCUGACUAAACAACAUUGACCAGGGAGGAGUGGGGAAGGGGUCACCAUGGUGCCAAACUUGCAGGGUGGGUCUACUAUGCAUAACAAAACUGUGCAGAAUUCUUAUCACUUUUUGUCCAAGAUUGUAGUGAAAAAAGCCAAUAUUUUGCGAUUCUACCACUGGUUUUCCCACAAAAUGAUAUCUGACAAAGGAGCAUGGAAAUUCUAUACUGAUGAUGCGUCACUUCCCCAGGUCCCAAUAUUGCUUUUUAUGGUCUGAAAAAUUGCUUCAACCAAUCAGAAGCACUUAUAACCUAGAUAUGGGUAGUGACGCAUCAUCAAUAUGGAAUUUCUGCACUGUCUUAUUUCUGAGAUAUCAUUUCAUGGCAAAGCCAUUGGUGGCAUCACAAAAUACUGGCUCUUUUCCGAGGCUAUUGAUGACUAACGUACAAUUUGGUAUGUGUUUGUACUUGUCAUUUGCUACUGGUAAUGAAACUUCGAAAUAAAUAAUAAUAAAUUAUCAUUAAUUUAUUCACAAGUUUUUGGGUGUUAAACAGCAAUCUUUUUGCAGUGAUUACUAAUAAUAUUCAUUCGUACUGUGUGCUCAAUCCACAGCCAUACAACCACUCCCUGAAGAUUGCAAACUACCAUAUGGCAACUGAGGUUAGUAAAAACCUUUUCACCUACUUCAGGCUGUUUUUACAUCUAUUUCUUGGUUAACACCCUUGGACAUCUGUCUAUGGGAGUAAGAAGAAGGGGCUGUACUCACUAAGGUGGACUGAGUACUGUACUCAUCACAGUGCAGCCAGGAAAACCAUGAACACUUGAAGUAUCUCAGGACCAACCACAGCAAAGAUUUAGACACGUGAACUGGCCACAAAACUGCAAAUUAAUUAACAUUUUUGUUUGAGGUUUAAGUUUCUCACAUCCAAUUGGCUUUUUUCUUGUAACACAACAAAAUUCCAUAAAUAUUUCUGGUGUUCAUGGUUUUCCUGAUUUGACCGUAAGAUGUCAAGUUGCUGGGUAUAUGCAAUUAGUAGUCAGGGAAUUGGACAUAGGAAAACUAGGAAAAUAUUUUGGUUCUGUUUGUCUUUUCUUUCCUAUGAAAGUAACUGGGGGUCAUACUCAUUAAAACCUGGGCAAAUCCCUGGCCUCUGCUCUCCUUUUAUUAGUGAACUUACACAACAGGAUGGGAGAGGAAAGAAGAAGGAAAACCUUGUGUGAUGAGUGUGACAAUAAUUUUUUUUGAAAAAAAUGUUUUGCCAAACUUCACCUUCCUUUAAACAGAUCUUUUGUAAAAGAUCAGAAACUUUAAUGUGAAGUGAAUAUCACGACAAAACUGGCCAGUAAUAGCCCUGUCAUGUUUGUUGCACACAAGCAUUUUGCCGUCAUCCUCUUUCUGCAGUCCUGUUGUGUAAACUCACUAUUAUCACUGUCAUUUUAGGAAGUUAUUAGAGAGUCAAUUGACAGCGCAAUGGAAGCAAGGAAAGAAUGGGACAGAACACCCCAUGAACACAGAGCAGCUAUUUUUCAGAAAGUAGCAGAUUUGAUCACUGGAAAAUACAGAAUACAGUCUUUGGCUGCAACUAUGGUGGGGCAGGUAUACAGACUGCUGUUUAACUUUGUACUUUUGUUGUUGUUUUUAUAUUUACACUCAGACAAGUGACUUAUCUCAAAAGUAUAAUAAAACUGAAAGUCAACAUAUACAUGAUAGUUUUCAGAUUAAAUUACGUCAGUAGAGUGGAUGUCUAUACAGUACGUACUGUAAUAUAUGUUAUUGUUAUUAUUGAAAAUUUUUCGUUCUUGAUCAUAUUGUGGACAGUUAUGAUAGAGUAAUUUGGCUUUUUACUUUGUUCUAAUCAAAAUCUUUCCAGGCAAAGACUGCGUUUGAGGCUGAUAUUGACUGUGUUCAAGAGAUUGCUGACUUUUACAGAUUUGGAGUCCAUUAUGCCAAGGUAACUUUCUGUUCUAAGGAAACUAUAAUUCCAAAUCCAAAAUCUGUUUACUUUGUGGAUUUUGUAGUUUACCAGGAAAUUCAAUGAUCUGCUUCAUACAUUAACCCUCUAAGCCCUAAGAAUGAUGAGCAUCAAAUUUCUCCAUGUAGUAUCAAUGCCUUGUAAAACAGAAUGGUCAUGAGAAUUACAGAAAUGAUCACACAAGAUAAAUUUGCUUGAUAUUUUAUCAACUUCUUCCCACUUCUUCUGUAGGAAAUAAAUAGGGGCAAUGAAUGAGAAUCCAAAUUUUGAUCUUAGGGUUUAAAGGGUUAAUAGUUUCUAUACUGAACCACUUCUAUUAAAUAUUUUAUUCAGCACCAUGCUAAUGCAAUGACUUCCUUAAAGUGGUUAUCAGAGAAGUCAUAAAAAACUUAUGGUAGGACUCACUUGUUACGCCGCAAAAUGCAACAAUUGACGCAAAAUGUAAUGUGGGUUAAUGUUACAUUUCGCGUCAAAAGUUGUUACAUUUCGCGUUAAUGUUACAUUUUGCGUCAAUUGUUACAUUUUGCAGCAUAACACUCACUAUUACCAUUGGGAUGAAGUUCUGCUAGGCCUCUGCAAUGAUAGCCUUACAAAAACUCAGGAAAAUACAAACUAAAUCUAAAUUUGAUUAAAUUAGGGACUUUACGAAGGACCAGAGCUUCACCAGCCUCGCGGUGUAAUCAACAGACUCAUAUACAGGGGACUAGAGGUAAGAACAUUAUUUUGAAAACAGCGGACAUGACAGUGUCAUAGUUAUUUAAUAACUAUGUUACAGUGUGCACGAUACUGCUAUCUAAUUUCAGGUUGCAUACUUCAAGAUUCGAUUGCACAUUUAUUCUUCUAGGUAUUUUAAAAAUCCAACUCAAUUCCUGACUAACGGCAUAAUUUUGCUCAGGGUUUUGUAGCUGCCAUUUCUCCUUUCAACUUCACUGCUAUCGGAGGAAACUUGGCUGGCACUCCCGCCAUAGUGGGUAAUGUGGUGCUCUGGAAACCUGCCUCAACAUCAAUACUUUCAUGCUAUCUUGUCCAAAAGAUUUUCCAGGAAGCUGGUGUCCCUGAUGGUAAGAAAAUAAGCACACUUUAGUGAUUUUCAAUUACCUUAGCUCUUUAUCUGUUGACACUCCUUGUCUCAAGGAGGGUCUGGACAGGGCUCUUCAAUUCCUUCAUUCUGCGUGAAAUUUCUCUGCAUCGUGCCAUCCUGACAUCUCCUGUCACAUGAUUUUGUUAAAAGUCCCUUGGCUUCACCAGUUCCUUGUUUGAAGACCUUACACUUACUAACACUGCUACUAUAUUAACAUAGCUAUUCCUUUCCCUCUGUAGGGGUAGUGAACUUUCUGCCUUCAGCUGGGCAAACCUUUGGUGACACCAUAACAAGUUCACCUCACCUUGCAGGAAUAAACUUCACUGGCAGUGUUGAGUAUGUUUUAAUUGUGUUUGGCUGGGGUGGAGGUGGGGGGGUUGUUCCCUUGCGGGAGGGUGGACUAUAUUAUCAAUGACACCCCGAAGCAUUAAAUUACUUUCUGGUAGCUCUAAUGUCUUCUUUUAACUAAUGUUGCUUCUCAUUGUUCCCCAGGACAUUCAGACAUAUAUGGAAGAAAGUUGCGGAGAACAUUGAUGUGUACAGGUAAGGGUUAAUAUUAAAUUUGUACCGUACAUUUUACAGUAUUUUACAUGGGAAGUGCCUCAAACAUAAAUUUAAGCACCCUAAAAGCCAGCAAAGCAUAAUUAUCUAGUAGUUUAAUACGUUUGUCCAGCAAAGUUAUUUUUAAAACUACAACAACCAUUAUUAUUUUUUAUUGUUAUUGUUACAGAACAUUCCCAAGACUUACUGGAGGUUUGUACAAUGUACCGAGUAUGCCACGAGCACCUGUUGGAUUUAAAUGGUUUCUUCAUAGUUUUCAAUAAACUAAUAUUUCUUUGCAUUUUUUUCUUCAACAGUCAGAAAAAAUCCGAAUUCUCUCAAAACGUUUUGGAAUAUUUUUUACUUUACCAGUUCACAAAAUAAACGCAGCUACUGUUAAUAGUACCAAGUUCUUGUGUUUUACUCUCCACUUACCUCUGUACAGGAGACAACUUUAAAAUUAGAAACUUGUUGUAAGUUUUCAAUAGUCAGUUGCAUUGUAUAUUUAAAAAUACAUGCACUAAACCCUUAGCUCUUGUUUGAAGCUAAUUGUUGCUUAUUGUUUAAGUUAUUUUGUAUUUUUUUUUUAACACUUGCAGAAUGUGGGGGAAAGAACUUUCACUUUAUACAUACAUCUGCCGAUAUCGGUAAUGUUUCCUCAAAAUAAUUCUUUAUCCUAACUUGCAGAAUUAUCUACCUGCAGCUGUAUGCUAUUUCUGUAACAUUUUCAGUUAGUACAAGUUAUUUAUUUCUGUUCUGUACACCAGACACAGCUGUUAACUGCACCAUGAGAGCGGCAUAUGGUUAUGGAGGACAAAAGUGUUCUGCUUGCUCAAGAUUAUAUGUUCCAGAGUCACUAUGGGGAAAGGUAAACUCUGAUACUAAGCUUGUUUUAUGGAAGAUCUUCCUGAAUAGUGAUUAAGGGAACUAACAUUUUGUCAGGUUUUUUCACAGAAUAAAGUUGUUUUUCUACCCCUUGUCAAAGACCUUCAAAGAUCAAUUCUACGUGUGAAAAUGCUGAAGAGCCUAAGCCCCUCUAUAGAAAUUUAACUUUCCUGGAGGUUGUAGAUACCAUAAGAGCUUACAUCCUUUUUCCAAGAAUACAAUAAUAGCAACCUUGCUUCAGAUGUGUUUUUUAGUAUUUACCUGAGAUGGGAAUGACGAUAAUCAGGUACCGCUGUUUUUCUUUGCUAUCCAGGUGAAAGAAGGUCUUAUUGAAAAACUAAAGGAGAUGAAGCUAGGAUCGGUAGGUUGUAAACUUGACGUUUGUACUUGAGACACUUACAUGCACUUACUCAGCCUAGCUUAAAAGUUGUAAAUUCUCUAUUAAGACUCCCCCCUCCACUCCCCUCCUCAUUUAAUAGUAAAUGAUAGGGAGUAUCAACCUAUCACAACUGUGACACUUUACGCAUACUUACCCAGUAUGGUUCAUUCACGUGCUGGAGAUUCAGAUUUUUGUUAUCUUCAGCUGCAACUUCGUGUGCUUGAUCUUUUCCACUUUGUGCUGAAGUUUUUAUGGAGAUGUGAUACUACAAUCUUCGUUAAACUAAAUGAGCCUCACCUCAAACAUGCUUGAGAUAAAUAAACCACCCCCGCCCCCGGGAGGGGGCUUAAUAGAGGAUUUGCGUUAAACUGGGAAUACUUCUUGAUCUCCUUUGCAGCCAGAGGACUUCGAUACAUUUGUGUCAGCUGUCAUAGAUGAUAAGGUACAUUUAAUUCUGCUUGGCCAUCAUGUUUUAAUAUUUUUGUAAUUUAUUUUCCGCAAAAGUGGAGUGUUUUAAAUUUUGCUCUGUUUUCUGACUUGUUUUGUCCUACCAUAGUCGUUUAACACUAUCAAAGGUUACAUUGAUUAUGCCAAGGCAAACCCUGACCUCAGUAUUGUAGCUGGAGGCAAAUGUGACAACAGGUAGGUUUAAAAGUAUGAAGUAAUUUAUCCAGCACUGUGUGCCUGUGGCUUAGCUCUCCAUUUAUGGCGAGGUAUCAAAGCGAGCUGCGAGGAAUUACGAGGCGGAGCGGUGUCUUUUCAACGUGCUUCUCCGGCGUGACUUCUGACCACGCCCCCAAAUGGAGAGCUUGCCGCCAGGCUAUGAUCUGAUUAAUCUUGGAUCAUAAAUCCUGGUUAAGAUCAUCCCAAAUGAACCCAUCCUUAGAUUGCAGCUGUAUAUGCUAUGCUAUUUUUUCACAUUAGAUCGAGAGCACAGUCGAACAUCCGUCAGGGGCAAGCAGCAAAGCCAGGAGGAACGAGGGCAAAAGCCCCAGGCCGUUCUCUCAGCCCCAAUCCCUCCUCCUGUUUAUUAUUAAUUUGACUAAUCUUACUUUUUCGCUCGCCGCCUGUGGCCCUGUGGAAAGACGGACGACAUCUCGUAGCCCACGACUUGUUUGAUAUCUCAGUAAUGGUUAAUUUUGCCUUGUUAUUGUAGUGUGGGAUACUUCAUUGAACCAACGAUCAUUGAAACCAAGAAACCCGACGACAAAAUCAUGAAUGAGGUAUUAGCAAUAACUUUCUUUUCAAAGUUGUUUCCGUAAAGAACAGGUGUGGAAAGUUCUCUUUUUCUAUCCUCCUUGUCUGGACUCUGGUACGUGUCCAAAAUUUCUUAUAACUGCAGUGCUCUAAUUUUUUUUCCUACUGUAGGAGAUUUUUGGUCCAGUUCUUACCGUGUACGUGUAUCCUGAUGCAAAAUACAGGGAGACGCUAAACUUGGUGAGAGAUUCUAUAGUGAUAACAUUCGCUCUUCAGUGUUAAACGAUAAAGAUUACGCUGUUAAAUAAUGACGCUCCUGCACCAUUUAAAACAUGCGCUGGAGUACAACAUAAUGGUAUGAAUCACGUUUCAGACAUCUGUUUCAACAGUUAUUUCACCAAGUGAUCAUGUGUGCAAAACUCUGUAAAAAAACACGCUUCUCGUGUGUUAACUGUUACAAACGUAGCAGUUAAGCCGUGCUCGAAAAAAGUCCCGUAGUAGACGUAGUAGUAGUCCGGGUUGAGAAGAUUUCCUUGCCAGGCAACUAACUUUUACAGCGCACUUGCCCAAGGGGCAAGAGUCCAGGCUAGCCACCCUCCAACUAAAUCCCCAUUAGGCUGAUUUAACAACAGAACGGAAACGUCAGUUGACGAACAGUUGACAACGGGAAAGCGCGCGAAAAAGACUGAUUACGACUUCCGGUACCCAAUUUGCCGCUCUGCCAUUGGCCAAGCCAGCUUUUUUAUUUGCGCGCGCCGUCGUCACUGACGUCGCGUAAAACGUCGCGUAGUCUAAAACAAGCAAGAAGUGACCCCGGGCAGGUAAAAGGUGAGAGCUGCCUGCCUGAAAGACGUGCUGGAAUUCAAGUUUUUUCGAGCCCCUAGACGGUUGCCUUUGGUUAAAUGUUGUCUUAAAUGAUUUUUUCAAAUUCAAUUAGGUGGAUAAAACUUCGCCAUUCGGGUUAACCGGAGCAGUCUUUGGAAAAGACAGGUAAACAGUUCUCUUUGAAAUGAAUUUAAUGAAGUGCUCGACAGGGAGUUUAAAACUCGACUGGAUGCGUUUAUUUGUUCCCUCUUGAACUUCAGCCGAAUAGUCUGUGCACAGACGUCCCCCUCCCCUCAGAAAAAAUCGAGGAGAGAGACGUCUGUGAUUCGCCGUCGUCCCCAAUUUUUCUGAGGGGAGGGGUGCGUCUGUACACAGGCUACAGCCGAAUUUUUUCCACAAUGAGACAGAGUAGCCUGCGAAAACAGCCAUCUCUUCCCGCUCCUAGCCGCCAGGGACGUUUUGCCUGGGGAAUUUCUCCUGGCGAAACUUCACUAGCGGCGAGACGGCUAUGUUCGCAGGCUAAUGAUAGAGGGAGUUUACGCAACGACGACGGCGACGGCUAGGAAAACGUCACUUAAAAAGUGAAUUUGGGCUGCCUCAAACUUUAUCGCGCUUAUUCCAUCUCGUGUAAUGUGUCAAAUGUUGGCAAAUUUGUUUGGAGUUGAAUUGUAAAGGACUGCAUCGAAGUUCAGGCAAAGAAAAAGAAAGUUGUUGUCUUUUGUUCCCGUCCCCUACAAAACGUGAAAUUAGGCAGUUUCACGUUGUAGUCGUGCAACGAUGGCAGAGAAAUGUACAAAAAAGCGUGAUGCACGUGCAAAGUUGUUGUUUUGCUUGUCUAAACCUAUCGCUUUUUUGCCGUUCUUGUUGCUGCCGUCGUCCUCGUCGCGUAAACUCUCUAUUGAGGGAUAAGAGGCCGCUUUCGGAAAUCGGCCCUUUUAGAGAGGUUAAAACCACAGUGAAUGUACCCGCCUGGACAAAGGAAGUGUUCAUUGGUAAAGGUUUGACUGCACGGUAAGUUACGGAUUACCUUUAAAAAUCCAAGGCUGCAAAUAAUUUGACUUUACCGAAGAACAUUUGGCUGGCCAACUGGCUACUUUGAUCGGAAAAAAACAAAACUGUGGUCAAUGAAGAUCGAGUAGGCGUAAGGCUUCUUCAGUGAGAACUGUGUUUGGUAGAUGCGACGUUUGCAAGGUAAGACCGAUCACCGUCUUAUUCACUGAAAUAAUGUUACUUUGUUGGUACGACAAUUCACAAUUGCUUAAGGUAUAUUUAAAUCAUUUUCAAAGUGAUAUUCAUCGAUUGGCAGGAAAUUGUGUCUAACCACAUACAGCUGUUUCGAGAAAGGUUGUCGCGAAAAGUGCACGCGACAGUCCUGAAAGGCAUUGUGGGUGGUUUUGAGUUCUCUUUUUUUCAAAGGAAUUUGAAAGAAUUGGUACGAAAGGCCAUGGAAAUGUGUUUGCGAGUGCUAAAGGAAAGCAACAGAAGUAGGUUCGACAACUACAGUCGUCAGGAGCAGUGUAUUGAUCAUAUCCCAUAUUACCUUUCGGGAUUGUCGCGUGCACUUUUUCCGACAACCUUUCUCGAAAUAGCUGUAUAUGAUUUCGUCGAAUAUGGGCCAAUUUUGUGGGACAUUGUCUGAUUAUUUGCAGCCCGUAAAAAUUGGGCGUUUCAUAAAAUUUAUGCAAACUGUAAAUAUUUCAUGUUCAUUCACGAUGCAUGGACAUUAAUUUAAACGUUCUUACAGACACUUUAUUCAGGAGGCUUCUGAUGUUCUAAAAGAUGCUGCUGGUAACUUCUACAUCAACGAUAAAUCAACGGGAUCAAUUGUGGGACAGCAGCCUUUUGGAGGGGCUCGCCUCUCCGGUGAGUACCAAGACGCUACUUGCCGAGAACAUACUUGUAUCUGAUUUUUGUUCAGAGUACAUUAAUUUUGUUUUCGAUUUUGUUCUGUUUAGUAAGAUUUAAACCCACUGAAGUUCACUGCCAAGAUUUAGUCAUUGAAAAAAAAGUUUGCUUUGGGAAGGGGUUCUAACUUUUGAUUAUGUGGACGAAAUCAAACAGUGUGACCCUCCAUUUAAAUGAAAGCUAGUGAGCAGCACUUUCCUGUAGUAGCUUGUGGUACCGUUUGUUAUGCCGUGCAAGGUGGUUCUAACUUUUUGAGUCUGUAGAUGAAAUUCUAAAGUGGGAUCAUUCAAAUGAAAACUACUGAGCUGUAUUUUCUCUGUGGUACUGUUUAUUAUACUGUGCACGGUGGUUCUAAGUUUUGAGUCUGUAAAGGAAGUUCUAAAAUGUAACCACUGAAAUGAAACCUCAUGGACGGUACUUUCGCCUGGUUUUAUUUGUAUAUCAGGAUUUUGAAAAAAAAUCAAAAUUUGCCCUUUUUUUUCUUGAAUUAUGACUUUUGCCACCACCAGCAAUGAAGGUUAAAGAUUACCCACAAUGGCGGAUCCCUAGCGCUGAAGGAGUUGGUGGGGGAGGAGGGGGGUCACUCUCUAACCCGAAACGAAGUAUCUGGUAAGCUUCGACAUAGGGAUGAGGUUUAAGGGUGAGGGCCCUCGGUCCUCUCCCUUGGAUUCGUUCCUUGUUGAUUGUCACUCUCUUUAACCGGUGUUUCAUUGGCAGGUACGAACGACAAGGCCGGGAGCUCGCAUUAUAUCAUGAGAUGGGUGUCGCCGCAGAGCAUUAAGGAAGCUAUGUUGCCGGUAGACGACUACAAAUACCCUCAUCAGAGCUGAGAACUGUUAAGGGACAGAAAACAGUGACAUGACCAAUGACGUUUAUACAUGGCACGGACACUAUAACGUGAAGAAACAGAGAAUGGACCCUUUUUUCGACGUCCUCAUAAUUUUAUUCAUCCUUUAGAUCACGUUUUAAGUACGGAGAGUCGAAGGGGUGGGGAGUUGCUUCCCGAUAAUAUAAGAUAACUAUGUGUCGCGAAGGUUCUAAUUCUUAAAGUAUAAUAUAUUGAUACCCAAAAACAGAAAAUGACACCGUUUUACUGACAGGGAAAAGUAAUAACAAUGUGGAUUUUAAAUCGUACCAUGCGGGCUCAAGUCUUACUAUAAGUAAUGGCCCUUUGAUCUUUCCGACUUAUCUGGGAAGAUCAAAGAGCUUCUGCUUGCAGGAUAAACCCUUGCAUGCACUGAUAUCCUCUUUUUCUUUCCCUUUUUUACUUACUACUUUACGUUAUGACUUUUUUUCCAGUUAUUUUAAGUUAAGGUGACAAGCGGAUUGAGGGCCAUCCAUUCUAGUCACAACUCUUUUGUUUUUGAACUGUUAGGUUUAAAUUGCUGUCGACGAUGCUGGACGCUAAACGAAUAAUUGAUACUUUUUGUGUUAUCUUUAAUGAAUAUCGUUGAGCAGGGGGGUAUUUUACAUCGGGGUAAAUGGACUACUUUAAUAUUGUAUGUCAGGUUUAACGAAAUUUAUGUAGAUAGCUUAUUUUAAUUGCAAAUCAUCCCUACAUUUGAAAUGACAAAGAAUUUUCAAGAAGUAUACAGUUCGACUGAACUUACUUGUAAUAAAAUAAUUGCUUGGUGUAAGUUGACGUGGGAGCUUUCUGAAGCAAGCUGUUGAAGGGGGAAAUCUGGGUCGAAAAAAGUACUUAAAUUUCCAUUGUACAUUAAAAACGUUUGAGCAGUUAUGCGUUAUUUUGCGUUUAAUACUUCAG